UAACGCCAGUGAUGACUAAUAAGUACGUUGAUAAGUGUGGAAAACUUUCGUCUAAAUAAUUUGACUACUUACUCCAGGUAUGAGUGCCGUAUGGCAUCGCGGCCAUUCUUCGUUCUCCGCAACCGGCCAAGAGCCCGCUGUGGAGGUCGCCGAUAGGGCUGAAGACUACUUGCAACGGCCGGUCCCGAAGCGGGCGCUGAGAUAUAGCGCUCACUAUAUAUCAGCGUAAUCUGCAAUGUCUUGCAAGCUUAUUUAUUGCUGAAGUUUGUUGUGUCCCUUUAUAUCUCCAAGAAACUAAACAAGCUCCAAUCAUACAUCAUGGCGACGAAGUCUCAAACUCAAAAUCCGAAGACCCUCCUCAGCGCACUACUGUCGGUCAUCGAAAAACAGAUCGUACCUUUGACAGCGAAGGGAGUGUCUUCAGGCAGCAAGCUCUUCGGUGCUGCUAUUCUAUCUAAGUCAACUCUAACCCCGUUGACUGUUGCCACCAACAAUGAGCGUGUAUCGCCCCUGCUACAUGGUGAAAUCAACUGCAUUCAGCAAUUCUUCACCUCUCCUACAACACUUGAUGGCUCGCCGAGACCAGAAACGAAGGACUGUGUAUUCAUUGCCACACAUGAGCCAUGCUCACUAUGCUUAAGCGGAAUCACUUGGUCCGGGUUUGAUAACUUCUUCUACCUCUUCACUUACGAAGACAGUCGGGAUCUGUUCGCCAUUCCAUAUGAUAUCCAGAUACUCGAGGAAGUUUUCAGGGUGAAGGCUGACGGGGAGAGCGAAGAUAAUCACACGAAGCGGGAAUUGUAUAACCGAAAAAACAAGUUCUUCACGGCGAAAAGCUUCAUGGACUUGGUGGGGGAACUAGAUGGAGAUGAGGACCGGAAGAAGUGGACUGCUGAGAUCGAGAGGAUAAAACGUCUGUACAAUGGCUUGAGCGAGACGUAUCAGGAAGGGAAAAAAGAGGGGGUAGAGAGUGCUAGUGUUUGGAAGUAAUGAAGUAGGUACAUUGAAAGAUUGGCAUCGAGGGAAACCAGAGUUGAGGUACAAUUUUCGCAGUGGUCAUUAUUAUCUCAGGUGAAAUAUCUGUAG